UUGGACUACAGGUUGAAAUCAAAUAUUGAAAUGCAACCAACGCUUACUGAAAUGACUAUUAAAGCCAUAAAGUUGUUGCAAAAAGAGAAAAAUGGAUUUGUGUUGUUCGUUGAAAGUGGUCUUAUUGAUAUUGCUCAUCACAAUACGUAUGCGAAAUUUGCGUUGGAUGAAACUGUUGAAUUGUCAAAAGCUGUCUCUGAAGCCGUUGCGUUGACCAACGAAACUGAAACUUUAAUCGUCGUGACUGCAGAUCAUGCCCAUACAUUAACUAUGGCUGGUUAUCCUGCACGUGGUACAAACAUUUUAGGAGCGACUAGUUGGCUGGCACAAGACGAUUUACCAUACACAACUUUAAGCUACGCUAAUGGUCCAAGUAAUAGCCCAAGCAGAAACUUCUUUCAAAAAUUUAACAUUUCGCAAAUGGUUAACGAAGUACACUACCCAAGUUUUAUACCUUUGGAUUUAGAAACACAUGGUGGAGAUGACGUUAUGGUAUUUGCAAAAGGACCGUGGGCACAUCUGUUUACUGGAAACUAUGAACAAAACAUAAUUCCAUUGGCCAUGGCCAAGGCCGCAGGAAUUUCAACAGAGUCUCCCUAUAAAAUCAGUACAUCUUCAUCAGCAUUUGUAUUAAAAGUUCCUGGAUUUAAGUAUAAGAUAGUUUUAUUUACAUUAUUAACAGUAGCCCGAAAAUCACUUAUGAGUUUUUAACUGAAGAAAUAUGUAAUACUAUCAUGUUGUUUAAAUAAUCAUAAAUGAUUUGAAACAUCCAACAUUAGUAUUAUCUCUUCACUUUGAUUAUAUAUAAAUAAAACAAAAUUAUUUUCAUUAAAUGGAGUAUUAAAAUAAUGUUAAUAUGGAAAAAUAUCUUGAAUAUCAAACAAACAAUAAACACAUGUACUAUUUACUAUCGCCUAUCUAAA